GUAAAAGUUUAAAACUAUAUAAAAACGUGAUGCUAUUCUGCAUCCAUAGCUUCUUCCAGUUACGAAUUUGAGAGUAACGUUAGUAGGCUGGGCUACAUUUAUCCAGCCCUACAGCAAACCAAGUGGUGGGUCUUUCGGCGAAUACAUAAAUUAAGGAUUGUGCCUUUAUUGUGACAGACCGUUUCAUGGUGAUCGGAGAUAAAUAACAUAGUAACCUAUAAUUUGGUGUGGGGUCUAGUUCACCAUGUGCUCAUGGCAACACUGUAUCAAUAAUGCAAACUUCAAAAUAAAGGUUACUCACGCAGGUUUAACAAGCGGACCUGACACGUCGAGUGUGUCUAGGAGCACUGACUGAGCGUAACCACGAUGGCAAAGUUCCUGACUCAAGACCAAAUAAAUGAAUUCAAGGAAUGCUUUUCACUCUAUGACAAGAAGCACAAGGGUAAAAUUGAGGCCAAGGACCUGAUUAUAGUCAUGCGCUGCCUGGGGGUCAGCCCCACUUUCAUUGAGGUGGACAGACACCUGCAAAUCUCCAAGAUUGAUAAGUGUGGAGAGCUGGACUUCUCCACCUUCCUAACUAUGAUGCACCAGCAGAUCCAGCAGGAGGACCCCAGAGCAGAGAUUCUGGAGGCCAUGAGGAUGACAGACAAGCAGAAGAAGGGCUACAUCCUGUCCUCGGAGCUCCGGGCCAAGCUCACCGGGCUGGGAGAGAAGCUCACUGAUAAAGAAGUUGACGAGCUGCUGAAAGAGACUGGCGUGGGACCAGACGGAUGUGUCCACUACGAGGAGUUUGCCAAAACAAUGACCCUUCCUUCUACAAACUGCUGAGCAGCCAUCCGAUCAUACUGUACCACAAAGGUGCACUGAUUCAAAGCAUCUGCAUGCUGGCUGCCCACUAACAACAUGUUGAGAUGAGAAGUUUUUUUAUUUUCUUUAUUAGCUUUCUGAGGUAUGUGUUUCUAUAGUUAUUACGGUUUCCUUAUAUUUCUAUUAUGUAUCCCUUAUAUAGAUUUGUAUGUUGAAGGAAGCAAUGGUGUGCCUGGUUGAAAUGUCUGCACUUUAAAUAUAUAGCUAAUACUAACUGGCAUUGUUAUAGCUUAUCACUAUUACCAAGUAAUCACUAAAAAGCCUACUGACAUUUUCACAAAGUAAUGACAUUGUUCUUAUUGAUAUAAAGAGCAACUUGAUUUCUUGAUAAUAAAUGGACAAAUCAUUUUGGGUCCAAACUUGCUGUAAAA